GGGUCGGGAAGUUUGUCUCUGCCUGGCUGGGAAGUUUUCCCUCCUCCUCGGGCAGGGGUGGAGGGGGAUGAAGAAGGGAAGGCCCCUCCCCAGAGGAGCGUGCGAGCCGCGGCCUGCGCCUCCCCGCAGUCCCGGAGGAACGUCGGUUGCAACGCUAAAGACAUUGUGCUAGUUGCUAUGGAGAAUAUAAAAACUCAAGAAGACAGUACUCCUGCCCUCAAGAAAUUUACAGUUGAGAGACAGCCAGACCCAAAGAAAGACUAUAAUAAGUACUUUAAAAGGAAUAACAGGUGAGAAUGACCACUUUAACUCACCGUGCCCGGCGCACUGAAUUGGGCAAAAACUCUGAGAAGAAGGUGGAAAAUGAGGAGGACACUAAUCAAGACAGGAGUCCAGAUCAUGAAGACUCUGGAGACUCCAAGGACAUCCGCCUCACCCUCAUGGAGGAAGUAUUACUCCUGGGACUGAAAGAUAAAGAGGGCUACACGUCUUUCUGGAAUGAUUGUAUAUCAUCUGGCCUACGCGGGGGAAUCCUCAUAGAGCUGUCCAUGAGGGGUCGGAUCUAUCUGGAACCCCAGACUAUGCGUAAGAAGCGACUGCUAGACAGAAAGGUACUGCUAAGGUCUGACAGCCCAACUGGUGACGUCUUACUGGAUGAAACUCUCAGACACAUCAAAGCAGCCGAGCCCACAGAAACUGUCCAAACGUGGAUAGAGUUACUUACUGGUGAGACCUGGAAUCCCUUCAAAUUGCAGUACCAGCUGAGAAAUGUCCGCGAACGAAUCGCAAAGAACCUUGUAGAGAAGGGCAUUCUCACCACUGAGAAGCAGAAUUUCCUCCUGUUUGACAUGACGACUCACCCAGUGACCAAUACAACAGAGAAGCAGCGGCUAGUGAAAAGGCUUCAGGACAGUGUUCUGGAGCGGUGGGUGAACGACCCUCAGCGCAUGGACAAGCGGACUCUCGCACUCCUGGUGCUGGCCCAUUCAUCGGACGUGCUGGAGAACGUCUUCUCCUCUCUGACGGAUGAGAAGUACGACGUGGCCAUGAACCGAGCCAAGGACCUCGUGGAACUGGAUCCUGAAGUGGAGGGGACCAAGCAGAGUGCCACAGAGAUGAUCUGGGCCGUGCUGGAGGCCUUCAAUAAAUCAUAAAGCCAGCAGGUGGGGGUGUCGCCCAUUUUCCCUGCUGGCUGGUGCUGUACCUGUCACUGGCCUUUGAGAAAUGUCUUCAUCGUUUUCUCCUCCUCCUCUUGAAUCAGACUGUGAUUUGAAGAGAGUGACUCCAGGGUCUCCACUAGGAGUGGGUCACUGUAAGCUUGCCUUGUUUCUCUCUCUCUUCGCUUGAGACGAAUAAGCUGGGUGAACCCACAAACACCCAAUAAACUUUCACUUCUGUCUCGGUUUACCUCCCUUUUGGGUGCUGUUAAGUAUGCAGGGAUAGAGCUAAGUGGGAUGCCGAGUUCUCCAGACUCUCCAGCUACAGAAGGCAAGUGAGACAUAGAGUAGACCAUUUGUUACUUUUUUACAAGUGUUUUCUAUCUGAAAUACAUGUUUUUCACAGCCAGGUCUCUGUUAAGUGAUUUAGUUCAUUGAGAUGACUGUCUCUGAAGCAGUUGGAAGUAAAGCUAAUUUUUGAAGCAGAUUUUCUCUGGGAUUGUAUUCCCACUAGUGAUUUUCUCAUUUUUCAUUUUCUAACCUGAUGAGAAUAUUCCAGAUUUGAUGACCUGAUUCUCACAAUUGUCAAACUUGAGUUCCUAUCCUCUCGCAGCACUAUUUUGCUCACUCAUUCUUUAGAGGGAAAAGUCGAAGUGAAAAAAAUGUCUCUCUCCAACUCCCAACACACCCACAACCACACCCACCCCACCCGCUACACACACACACACACACACCCCUACACCCCUACCCUGUUGAGUCAGCUUUAUAUGUUGUAAGGAAGGGAGAGCUGGCAUGAGAGUUUCCGACCUUUGACUCAUGACUACCCUGAUGGCUCUGUGUUUCUUCCGAUUGAAUUCAGGGGUUUUUAACUUUCAGUUCUGUGCUGAAAUUCAGUACUGCAUAGCAACAUGUUGACAGCACAACUCAACUCCAGCUCAUUUCAUGUCUUGUCUCUACAUAAGUUGAUAAUUAAGAGUUCUUAAGGGGCUGGAGCGAUAGCACAGCGGGUAGGGCAUUUGCCUUGCACGCGGCUGACCCGGGUUCGAUUCCCAGCAUCCCAUAUGGUCCCCCGAGCACCGCCAGGAGUGAUUCCUGAAUGCAUGAGCCAGGAGUAACCCCUGUGCAUCGCCGGGUGCAACCCAAAAAGCAAAAAAAAAAAAAAUUCUUAAAGUAAUUUUGUGUAAAAAUUCUCAGAUUCCUUCCUAAUCGUUAGUCUAAUCUUAAUACAAUCAUGUCUGUAAAUCUACAAUGUUUUUCAAACAAAAAUUUUUUUUUCCGUGUGGGAAGUCCUAUUAGAGGGUAAAACUGCUAUGGUAGAUAAAGUCCAAUAUUGGGGUAUAUGAAGAUGAAAGACCCCAAGCUAUGCUAAUGUCAAGCAUGAUACUUUGAAUAAGUCACACCUCCUAUUCAUUACAGAGAAAUGCUGUCACCAGGACUAAUCCAGAUGACCCAGACCUGUUAUCAAAUCUUCCUGAUCAGAGGUCAUUUUAAUGUAUCAUCUCCUCCCCAAAUUUGCCUAGCCCUCAAAUCAAUAAUCAUAUUUAAUUUUUCACUGCUGGUAUUGCAUAGCUGACUGGGGGUUACAGAUUUGAACAUGAGAAGAUUCUAAGGCAAAGUAAAGCUUUAGUCGGGCUCGCUGAAGUCCAGAAACCUUGGUUUUCCUUUCCAUUUGGACAACUGAAUUAAGACCAGGUUUUCUGGUGUCACGUUUUACCUUGAUUAAAGAUAGAAACUUAUUUUGUUCAACUUAUUUUGCUCAACUCUUGGUCAGUGUUUAUUUUUAUUCUGUAUCUCAAAAUAACGAGAAUUGUCCUCAGUUGAAUGCAUAAUGUUCACUGCAAAACGCACUCUGGUUUAGUGUAGAUGGCCUUCACGUCUCUGUGUAAUAAAGAUCAGUCAUUGGC